CUGCUACAUAACAUUGACAUUCGCUGGUUAUCAACAUUAUUGAUGAUUGAGCAUGCAAUCUUAUUAUGUGCAGCCAUUGAUAGGUUUCUUGACAGCCACGACUUCCCUGAGCUCAAGAAAUAUAAGCUCAAUGAUGUAGAAUGGCAGGCCCUUGAUGUUUUCAAGGAUAUUCUCAGUGUUCCACAUGCUUUUCAGCAGAAGCUUUCAUCUGAGAAGACACCAACAUUGUGUGACAGUAUUCCAUCAUUUGAAGCCAUGACUGACAAAUAUCCUGACUGUGCAGCUGUCAUUCAGCCUGGACUUGAUAAGCUCGAAGCUUAUCGUGCUCAUAUAUCUUGUGUACCCGCUUAUGUUUUGGCGAUGGGUGAGUCCUUGAAAAUAUUCAGAUGCGAAGUUUAG